AUGGUCAUUGUUGUAUUCACAGCUGCUUUAUUAUUUCUGUUUACUGUACAAGGAGAAAUUGAUAUCGUUGAUAGCAACAACAAUAAUGUCCAUCUUCAAUUGCAAGAAUUACGUCUUGGACAAUUAAAUGUUUGUCCACACGAAGAGAUUGAAACAGUAACAGUACGUGAACCAUGCGUUCAUGCUUAUACGAAGUAUAUCAGAAGUCGAAAACCAGGCUGUAAUGGACAAUUCCGCUCAUGUUCAGUUCGAGAACCAAAGACAGUAUAUUAUCGUACAUAUAAAAAUGUAACACGAACAAGAAGACAUACAACAGCACAGUGUUGCACAGGUUGGAUUCAGGUACCCGGUAAAGAAGGUUGUCAACGAGCAAGUUGUACACCAGAAUUAUGUCAUAAUGGUGGCACUUGUCAACCGUCAACAUCGGACAAGAGUGAGGAAAUUUGUCGCUGUUUACCUGGAUUUCAAGGUACUCGAUGCCAAUAUGAUAUAAACGAAUGCUUAGUGGAAAAUGGUGGUUGCCCACAUGAUUGCGUCAAUACGAUCGGUACAUUCUACUGUCGUUGUUUUGCCGGAUAUCAGCUUGAUAGCGAUCACAAAAAAUGCAUUGAUAUUGAUGAAUGCCAAUUUGAAAACGGUGGUUGCGAAUUUCGAUGUCUAAAUACGGAAGGUGGAUAUCGUUGUGAGUGUCCGCCAAGAAUGCAACUUCAUUCAAAUGGUCGUCGAUGCGUCCGUGAAAACAUUUGCGCAACAGAUAAUGGUGGAUGUGAGCACAUUUGCGAAGAAAGACAUGGACGAUUUCAUCGAUGCAAGUGUCGCCAAGGGUUCAAACUAGCUAGCGAUAAGCGGCGAUGCCAUCCGAUUGAUCCUUGCGCAAUAAAUCGUGGUGGUUGCGAGCAACACUGUGUGAACGAUAACGGAAGAGCCGUAUGUCAAUGUUAUCAUGGUCUCAGGAUUGGACCGGAUCAGAAAUCAUGCGUUGAUAUCGAUGAAUGCGCAACAACAAAAAAUUCAGAAUGUCAGCAUGAAUGUGUUAAUGUUUAUGGAACAUACAGGUGUCGUUGUCGCCCUGGAUAUCGACUACUACCAGAUGGACGCCAUUGCAAACCAAUAAUUGAUCCGUGUCAGGAUAAAAACGGAGGUUGUGAGCAAAUUUGUGAAAGUAAUGAAGAUGGUAGUCUGAAAUGCUCUUGCAAAUCCGGUUAUCAACUUAUCAGCGAUGAUAAAUCAUGCUCUGAUAUUGAUGAAUGCACCGACAAUAACGGUGGCUGCAAGCAACUUUGCAUUAACUUACCUGGUAGCUAUCAAUGUUCUUGCAAAACUGGUUUCCUAUUAAUUUACGAUGGCAAAACUUGUGAAGAUAUUAAUGAAUGCAUUGCAAAUAAUGCUGGUUGUGAGCAUAACUGUAUUAAUGAAGAAGGUGGAUAUGCAUGUACCUGUGAAGUUGGCUAUAAUUUAGCAUCUGACAACCAUUCCUGCUAUGAUAUUAACGAAUGUUUAUCAAAUAACGGUGACUGUAGUCAAUUGUGCAAGAAUGAGGAAGGUAGUUAUCAUUGCAAAUGCUUUCGUGGUUUCAGUCUUGCAGAAGAUGGCAAAACAUGCAUUGAAUACAAUGAUAUGAUGAUUCGUCAACAAGAACACUCGGAAAUUUCAAUAGAAGAUGAAAGCAUACCGCAGGAUCUUCCUAAAUUGUCACAUUUUGGUGCUAUACGUAUGCUUCACAGUCUUCCUACCGGUCAAUUACAUCUUAUUUUUGAAUGUAUUUUUACAGGAAAAUGUCGUCGUGAUAAGAGUGGUUGUGAAUGUGCUUCCGGAUAUACCGGUGUAGUUUGUGAGGAUCAAUGUGCAGAAGGUACAUGGGGAUUGGGUUGUAAAAAAGCAUGCGAAUGUAAUGGACAAAUUUGCAAUCAUAUUACCGGUGAAUGCGAUUGUCCGGAUGGUGCCGAAUGUGACGAUAGUUGUCCGGCUGGAUUCUAUGGACCUUCGUGCAAUUUACCGUGUCAGAUAACCUGUAACAGUGGACGAUGUGACAGGAAAUAUGGGUAUUGCUCUUGUCCAACCGGUUAUUAUGGUGAAAAAUGCAAUCAGAUUUGUCCACGAUUCAGUUAUGGUCGUAACUGUCGCCAUGUUUGCAACUGCGAGAAAGAAUACUCAGAAGGUUGUGAACCAAAGACUGGAAAAUGCAUUUGCAAAAGUGGUUUCUACGGUCCAUUCUGUAAACGACGUUGUCCGGUUGGUCUCUACGGACAAUCCUGUACCAAAAAAUGCAAAUGCGCUGAAAAUCAGGAAUGUGAUUCUACUACUGGCGAUUGUCUCAAGAAAUGUCGUCCAGGAUAUACCGGUGAUCAAUGCCAAACACCUUGUCCUGCCGGUAUGUACGGACAUAACUGUACUCAGAAAUGUGCAUGCGAAACAGGUACAUCUCAAGUAUGUCAUCAUGUCACCGGAACAUGUGCAUGCCGACCUGGUUAUUACGGUGUAUUGUGUGAUAAGAUGUGUCCUAGUGGCUUAUACGGUCCCAACUGUCAACAUGAAUGUUCCUGUAAAAAUAAUGGUACCUGUAAUAGCAAAGAUGGUUCAUGCAUCUGUCCAGCAGGAUAUUAUGGUGCCACUUGUAGUGAAGUUUGUCCAAGCAAUCAUUUUGGUCUAAAUUGUAUGCAACUUUGUGACUGUCAUAAUGGCGCUGAUUGCGAUCCUUCAAAUGGUUCAUGCAAAUGUUUGACCGGUUGGAGUGGUCAGAAAUGCGAUAUACCAUGUCCGGAAGGAUAUUUUGGUAUUAAUUGCAACGAGCGAUGUAAUUGCGAACAAGGAGUGCAAUGUGAUCCAACUGAUGGGGAAUGUACUUGCCCGCCGGGAUAUCACGGGAAAAACUGUGAGCAACAAUGUGAGGAAGGUUAUUUUGGUAAUCGCUGUAAAGGUAUUUGUGUUUGUCGAAAUGAUGCCACUUGUGAUCCAAUCAAUGGUGUUUGCACUUGCAAGCCUGGUUGGCGUGGCCAGUACUGUGAUAGGCCAUGCCCUGAUGGACGAUACGGUGCUGGUUGUAGAAAGAUCUGCGGUUGCUCUUCAUUAUUUACUUCAGAGAAUACUGAAAUGACACCAUUUAUCUUGAAAUGCCAUCCAGUAACCGGAGAAUGCCUUUGUGCUGAGGGUUGGACUGGAUCUAAUUGUCGAACGCCGUGUCCUUCAAACAGAUGGGGCAUUGGUUGUAAUGAGGAGUGUCGGUGCAUGAACAAUGGAAUUUGUGAUCGAUUUACAGGGAAUUGUGAUUGUCCAGCGGGAUUUAUGGGACCAAACUGCGAAGAAGAAUGUCCAUCCGAUCACUAUGGACCCAAUUGUAACAAUCAUUGUCUUUGCAUGCACAAUGGUACUUGCGACCCUAAGAAUGGUACCUGCAAAUGUGCAGCGGGUUGGACCGGACCUGCAUGUGAAUUUACGUGUCCAUUUGAACGGUAUGGAAUAAAUUGUGAGCAAACAUGUAAUUGUAUGCGAGGUGCAAGUUGCAAUCGUACAGAUGGUACUUGUCAAUGUUUACCUGGUUCCAUUGGUGAAAGAUGUGAGCGCAUUUGUCCUCAUGGUUUGUUUGGUGAACAUUGCGAAGAAUUAUGCUUAUGUGAAAAUGGUGCAAGUUGUGAUCCAAUCAGUGGUCACUGUCACUGUGCUCCUGGUUGGCGUGGACGUAAAUGCAAUCGACCAUGCCUUAAAGGCUAUUAUGGAAAGCAUUGUGCCUUAGCUUGUCGAUGUCCGAAUCAGAAACCAUGCAAUCAUAUCACCGGUCGCUGUCAUUGUCCCAAUGGUUACACCGGUCAUUCCUGCACUGAACUUUGUCCUCUUGGAACAUUCGGCGAGAACUGUGCACAGCAAUGUGAAUGUGCGCCAAAUGCGAACUGUGAUCCAAUCACUGGGAAGUGUUUCUGUAAGCCAGGAUAUGCAGGAUGUAUUGAAGGACGAUAUGGUAUAAAUUGUGAUGGUAUUUGUCAGUGUAUGAACGGUGGUACUUGUGAUAAGACAACUGGACAGUGUAUUUGUCCACCAGGUUUUGUUGGUACCAAGUGUGAAGUGCCUUGUCCAGCAAAUCGGUUUGGUGAAAAGUGUGAAAAACUGUGUCAGUGUGAGAAUGGUGGUACUUGUGAUCGUGUAACAGGUCAGUGUCGUUGUGGAACUGGUUUUACCGGCUUACGAUGUCAACAGGUAUGCUCCGAAGGACGUUUCGGACCUGGAUGUCGUGAAAAAUGCCGGUGUGCUAAUCAGGCGCAUUGUGAUCCAGUGACUGGCGCUUGCAGAUGUUCGUUAGGGUACACCGGCACUACCUGUGAUCAACCCUGUCCAGAUGGCAAGUAUGGACCAAAUUGUACGUUAGACUGUGAAUGUCACGGCAGUGUCAAAUGUGACCCUGUACAAGGUUGCUGUGAUUGUCCGUCAGGUCGUUAUGGUACUCGCUGCCAGUACACAUGUCCAGCUGGAUUCUAUGGUUGGUAUUGUAGUCAGAGUUGUAAUUGUCAGAAUGGUGCGACAUGUGAUCCUAGUGAUGGUCAAUGUCGAUGUCCUUCAGGAUAUUUUGGCAAGCAGUGUGAACGUUCCUGUACCAAUAAUACCUACGGUCCACACUGUCAACUGUUUUGUGAUUGUGGCGAAUUUCAAUGUGAUCCAAAAACUGGAAAAUGUGACUGCCCUUUAGGCUUGCAUGGUGCUAAAUGUAAACAGGUAUGUCGACCAGGACGUUACGGAAAAAAUUGUGAAUAUCGAUGUGAAUGUUACAAUGGUGCAACAUGUGAUCGGGUUACCGGUCAGUGUACUUGUGCACCAGGAUAUCUUGGCUCAACUUGUCAGCAAGAACAGUUUGACAUGGAAAGUACUGCAAAACGUGGCGAUCUUCCGGAAUAUGAUUUCCGUAGGAAGCGGUAG